UACCGAGCGCAUCAUCUCACGUUCUUUACGUUUCCCAGUGUAAUUUUGGUAUUGAUGAUUAAGGAAAAGGGAAGGGAAAAUUGCACACAUACAGGCACACAUACACGCGCGUGCACAAGUACAUACAGACAGACAAGUGGUGGAGUGGCAAACGAAUUAAAUAUUCAAAAAGUUUCAACUUUUCGAUAGGUGUGGUGAGAAUGUGCGUGUGUGUGCGAUUUAGGGCCAAUAUAGGGCCUUUGGAGUGACCACUGCGGGAUGUGGGGAGGAACCGACCCUGGCCGUGGCCAGUGAUCUUCCAGGUGGUCAGUUCGGGAAAGAAAAAGUCAAGGAAAAAACCGUUUUCCAGAGAAAUAUUCAGUGUCGAUUGCUCGAAAGCCAGCAAGAAGAAGAAGAUUUAAUCGAUUAACGAACGCACAUUGGCUCAAAUUUUGAAUUUGGUGGUGGAAAAGCUGGCCAACCCCCCCUCUGGGAGGGGGCAGCAGUGUGUGUGUGUGUGCGGUGUCGGUAUUGGUGCGAUUUUCCGGUAAUUUUCGGUUUUUUGGAUAAUUAGCAGAUCUGUGCGGUUUGAAUCACUCAGUGUGACGUGAGUUCGCCAUGUGUGCGCCAGAGAGUUGUGAAAUCGGAAUUGGUGGGAAGCAUUUAUUGAUCGCAAACCAGUGAUUUGAACUUGAAGAAAUUGAGGUGAAAAUAGUGUGUUCAAAUUGCAGUGAAUUGUUUUGUUAAAGCAGUGGAUUUUAAAACAGGGAUUACACGCUUCGGCGAGCUAAGGAUUUUGCAGCAACAACCAGCAUCACUUCACCGAGCAGCACCAGAAGCAGCCCCUCAGCUGACCCGUGUCUGCCGGAGAAAUCUCUGUACGUACGAAAACCAAAGUGGCAAUCAUGAAAAAGUGCUAGGAUAAUAAAAACCAGGAACCAGAAAGUGCUCCAACCCAGCCAGCCAAACGAGACGAGAGUGGGGUGAUAAAUCUUGACGAAUCUCAUCAUAAAUAACAGUGUUUGAGCUUUUUUUCUUUUGGUUAGCUGCACCCAUUUGCUUCGACGUCUGGGGGUCAGCUCACAUACGAGCAGGCUGAAAGGUGCUAAAAUUGCUUUGCAAGAAGCGGAAGGAAAAAGUGCUGGACCCUUGAACACAUAAAGAAAGGGUAUUUUCGUUCCGAACGUGCGCCCCAGCUGUAGGGGGGUAUUUCCGGGGCUCACCCUCUCGGAACGACAGAAUAAUCCUAAAGUGUGAAAGCUGCACAAAAAAAAAAACAAAAGCUAAUGACACAAAAGACACAUUUGUGCGAGUUUCUUUGAAACGGAAGGCUAAAAAUACACGACGCUUGAAAAAGUGAAUUUCCAUAAAAGAAAGAAAAAAGUUUUUGUUGGUAGAGGAAAAUUGUUCAAGAAGAAAAAAGUUUUUGCAAAACAAGCUAAGUGAACAUCAAUCGAGAAAGAAAGCAAGAGAAAAGUGAAAGUGAAACCAUCUGGUCUGAGAAGCUUUUUCCGGCGUGUUUCUAUUGUGCAAAAGAAUUGCUGUACGUGGGAGAGUGUUUUGUUGAAAAGAAAGAAAAAGUUUUUCCAGUGAUUUGAAAAACCGAACAAAAAGAAAAGGGAAACAAGUGCAAAGUGUUUUGUGGUGGCUUCACGCGAGAUUCAACAAGAAAGAAAAAAGCAGCAAAAAGAAACACAUUUCUUAGUGAGUGAUUAGCAGCAUCCGGUUUUGUUCGACUUGGCAGCCCCAGCAACCACCUACUCGCAUGGGAACAUGAGCUCAAAGGAUAUUUCAUCGCAGCUUCGUCGUGCUCGUAAUGAGUAAAGUUACAUCGGAGCAGCGCAUCCAUCAUACAUAGGAUUUUUAUAGCAGAGAAUGUUUCCAUAGCAAUGGGAAAAGCCGCGCGACGGUCCGUUGCGUCAGAUCCGUCGUCGCCGACCUUAUCCUUUUUGCAACGCUACUCUUCAACCGACCCCGCUGCCGCCACGUCAUCAACUGACGCAAAACGCACAUCCUCGCCCUUCUCGAGUUCACCCUUCUUCUUCAGCAGCAACAGCUCUCCAGCAUCCAGCAGUCCGUACCGAUCGCCACGAUCAUCGUCGGCGGAGGGACAGCCACAGACCACUUCCGGCGAUUCCGGCAGCAGCAGCAGCAGCAGUUCGGACUACUCCGACGAGCAUCCCUUAUUCGAACCCGAGGCCUACACGCCAUCGCCGCCGUUGGGCACCAGCCCGGAGCAGACCACACCGAAAUUCGGACUCAUCAGUUCAACUAGUAGUAGCGAAAGUAGUUUAGACACCAUCAGCUUAGCUAGCAGUAGUUCUACAACGACAACAACUAGUACUCAAGCUCCGACUGCAACUAGUAGAACACCAUCAACUUCCGUCGCCACUCCGACUACUCUUCUAACGACUGCUGCUAGUAUUAGACCUUCUUCUACCACUUCGACUGCCUCAACUACUAUCGCUGCUGUUGCCACACUCAAACCUUCGGAAGGCACUCCACCGUCGACUACUGCGAGUCCUGCUAGCACAGGUUCUCCCGGCACCAGUUCCACUCCCUCACUCUCACUGCCCUCGUCUCGUCUCUGCAGCAACCAGACGCAGGCCGACCGGGACCGGGAACGGCUCAGGAUGGAGUUUUACGCGACGUACGACGUGAUGACUGGCGUCCGGAUCGCUGCCACGCUCGGUGGCUUCUUUGGCCUUAUGGUGUUCCUGGUGAUCUACAAGAGCCGUAGCCGGUCCACGACCAAGGCGCUCAAGGAUCCCACGAUAGCGGCGGUGGCCGCGGCCGUCAUCCAGGAAGAGGAGGAACGUGAACUGCAGGAAGCGAUCGAAGCGACGGCCUUUUCCCUCCUCCAGGAGGAACUCCACAUAAACUUCCCGGGCCUGAAACGCGACCGGUUGAUGUCGCUCGGGAACGUGAGUGCGCCGCCGAUGCUGAACCGACCGCACCGAUUCUCGUCGGUUGGUGGCGGCGGGUACAGCAGCCUGUUGAACCCGCCGCCCCGUCGAUACUCGUACGCCAGCAGCCGGGGCCAUCGGAACAGUGUGUCGGUGUCGUCGCGCGUCCUCAGUGCCAUGGGCGAGAGCUUCGGGCAGGACGAUUAUUUUUUAGAGAGCGACGGCGAGGAAGCUGACGACGAGUUCGACCAGUUUACGACGACGGCGGACGUGGGCUACCCGCCGGGGAACUUUCUGGCCGUGCCGGGACGGGGGACGGAGUCCCGCCGCAGCAGCGCGAUGACCUGCUGCAGCACGGAGAGUUCCUUCCUGGAGCGACGCUGCUCGGCCAUCACGCUGGGUUUGUCCUCGCUGUCGCGCUCUCCGUCGCGCCAACAGAGCCGUGACGAUCCCCGAAGUAACGGCGGACCGUACUGUGGCGGCGGAACGGCUUCUGCGGCGGCCUCGGCUGCGGGGGCGACCUGCGCCGACUGGGACGCGUUCUACCCGGGCAUCAACAUCAUCGAGGCAACGCCGAAGAGUUCACCGUGUCCAAGCGAGAGGGUGGCGCACCGUGGGACGACGACUGCGACGACGACGGGUAGUUUGUGUGCGAGGGAGUUGUUUAGUGGGAUUGGGGGAAGUGGGAGUAGUAGAAGGCACCAGUAUCAGCUGUACGACGAUAGUUCGAUCGACUGCAUAUCGGAGUAUCCGGUGGAGACGGAUGUCGAGUUGGGACAGGUGAGGUCGCUGCGGCAUAAGAACUAUCACAGCAGUAGCAGCAGGGUGGACGAGGUUAGUAUAGCGAACCAUCGGAAUCCGGUGGCGGUGGGGAUUGUGGGGGUGGCCAGCGGUUCCGGAGUUCGGCGUGCCCCGUUGGCGUCGCUAAGUUCCUUCAAGAUGUCGUCGGCGGAUGGUCCCGACAGUGACCAGCGGAGUUGCGGGUCGGACUCGGUGUUUGACGAGAGCUGUGCGGACACCGACGAAGAUCUGCAGCAAUUCAGCACGGACAGCGACGAGCUGAGUAUUCCAGAUGACGAGGAGGAGGAGGUUCAGCAGGUUCAGCGUUCCAGGCCGGCGGUGGCCGGUCCUAGCAAUCAGCAGCAGCAGACAGGUGCUAGCAGUAGCAGUGGUGGUGGUGGAGUUCGUGCCAGUGAUAGUAUUUAUGUCGAUAUCGAAAAACCAAAUGAUACUAGUUGUUUAAGUAGUCUUUCAAAUAGAUCGAAGCUGAAACCGGACAACAGCCGGGGCAACAACCUAGUGACUAGAAUCGAAACCAAAGCAAUCAUCGAAAGACAGCAACAAAAUGACAGCAGCAGCAACAGCCGGGACCGGUCACCGUCCCCGCGGUCCACCGCGACGACGGUGCUCAAUCCCCCUAGCAGUGUCAGCUCUAGCGCCGCCACCACCAUCGCCGUUAGCCAUAACAGUAAGGACAACAAUAACACUAGCACUAGCAGUAAAAACAGCAAACAUCACCACACUAGCAGUAAGAGCAAAAACGACGAUAAUAGCAAUCAAAAGCAGGUCGAACGCGACCCGGACACUAAUAAUAAAUGCGUUGAAGUUAAUGUUAUAAUUAAAAACCAUAGCCAGCAUCACCACCACAUCAAAAGCCCCUCUGUGAUUCUCGAGCUCCCGAUACUGACGAUCGACGAGGACAGCUCGCAGUCGCCGCUGUCGCCGGUGGAUCCGUGCGUGCCCGGUCCCUCGCGGAAGUGGUCCAAGGAGACGCUGUUCUAGUUGCGACUGUUUGUUACUGUUACACACUGUUGUUGACGAACCCCCGCCCCUCUAGAGAAUCCUUCGUUCUACUUCUUCACCCAUCGAUCCGUCCAGCAAAAAAAGCAAGUUUAGUGACGAGACACUUCCAAGAGACGAUGACGGGAGUAGAGUUUGACUGACACUUCGCUGUUGCGGAAGAGCAUGCGUCUCCAUUGAAGUGUAUGAAAGGGCAACGUUUUAGUGGGGACGCGUGGUGCUUCAAAUAACUUGGUGAUUACUCUUGAGGAAAAUCGAUUGUUCAUUUUGUCAUCUAUUUCUUAUAAACAUAUAACAAUUGAGUUAAAUUUCGAUGUAAUUUUUCUAUUUAUUUCAAUACAUUUGAACUGUCAAUAGUGUAAUGAUUCAUAUUGAUUAUCAAAAUUUAACAAAAAUGAUAGUAUUUUUGUGCACAAUAAAAAAAUGAUACUAGUUGAUCACUUUAUUUCAAAAUUAUAACUUAAAAGGAGAAAAAACAUUUUUGACUCUCUCAAAAAUUCAAGGUAUAAAAUUCGCGAUUUUUUAUCGAUCGUUCUCGGCCUACGUACAACACAGGCCAAAAAAUCUAAAUUCAGUCAAAUUUUAGAAGCCUAAAAAUCGACGAGUCAUAAGAUCAAAACGUUAUGUUUUUGACAUGUAAAAAAAACAGGUUUGAUACAAAAAACAUAACUUCAAAAUUUAUUUUUUUAAAGUUGUAAAGUGAUUGUCGAUUGCAAAUUCGAUCUAAAAUAAAAAAAAUCAAGUGAAAAGAAGGUUUUGAUCAUGAUUUAAACAUUUGCUAAAAUCCAAACAAACUUUGAUUACCACAGCUGUAAAAGCUGAAAAGGUGUCAUUUUAAUUAAUCUUAAACAAAUACAGAAAUAAAUAAAAAUCAUUAAGGAUUUUUUUGUCAAAAUACUUUUGUCGAUAUAACAUUAUAUUUUCUUCACCAAUUUGUGAACCCUAAUAGAAAUCUAUUUUUCAUUUCUUUGUUCUUUUAUGUCACGGAAGAUUGUUCUUUACAUGAAAUUAUCAACCAAAUAGACCAUUUAAUGCUGUGCAAAUAUAGAUUCUGAAAAAAUUAUCAACUUUAAAAAAUAUCCUGAUGAAUGAUCAAAAUAUAAUUAUUUUGGUUUCAAUUCAAAAUAUUUUCCAGUUAGCAAUCACUGAUUUCUUAAUAUGUAUCUUUACUUAAAUACUUCUAAAAGUUAACUACAAUUAUAAAUUCUCUAUCCUGAUUGCUCCUGAUCCUGAAUGUUACUAUUGUUAGAAUGUUUGCUUUUAUCUGAUAAUUAAAAAUAAAUCAACUCAUUUAAAAAAAACUGACCAAUCUUUUAAAUCGAAUCAAAACAGAGAUGUUAAGCCAAUUUAAAAAUGAUUUUAAUUGAAUAUUUUUAUGAAAACAAAAUAAACAUAAAGAUAUUAAACUACAAAAAGCCAAAACUUUUACAAAUUAAUAACUUGAUAAUUCCGAAAAUAUUUUCUUUUUAACAAAUGAGGUUGCAUACUUAUUUAGCGAAUGUUGUCCCAUUUUUUAUGUUUGUUUCCUUUUCAAUUCUUCAAAUAUUUUAUAUACAAUCUAUAUAAAAAUGCAUAGAAAUAUAUAAUCUAUAUAAAAAAAGUAUAUAUAAUCUAAAUAAACAUGCAUUGUGCGUGAAAUUGUUGUUGAUUAUUUAUAUUUUUAUUACAAACAGUUAAGUUUCAUGUAUAAUUUUCAAUGACAUUUGGAUGACCCCAUGAACCACAUCUUUGAUUGGAGGAAAGAUCUAUACAACUUGAAAAAAAUAUAUUGCGAGGUUUCUCUUCAUUUCUAAUAAUAUAAAUUAAAGUUUAACUUACUCACAAGCUACCAUAGACUCAAACGUUGCUUGAAGUAGAAAAAUUUGGUCACAUGAAAAUUAAUUAAAGAUCUAUAUUUUUUUAAUUUUAUCUUUCUUUAAUUAAAAAUGCUACAUUUAUUUCAAAAUUAUUAUUGAAAAUUUUUAAGAAUCAAAUUCCGUAACUCAGGAUUUGUAAUAAAUUGGGUUUUUAAUCCUCAUUCAUUCCUGAAAUAAGCAAAAAUUUUACCAAAAAUCAUGAAUGAAAAUAAAUAGUAAUUUAAUUAUGAAUGAUUGGAAAAUCAUUGUGAGAUCAAUAAGCAGCCUGUCCCAGAUACCAUAAACCGGGGUAAAAUUGAUAGCCAGGGUGACAUUGAUGGUAUCAACAUUUUUAGCAAUAUGAAAAAUACAAAUUUUAUAUAAACGGGAUGGGUUGGAAUCAUACUGAGUAAAGAAGUAAAGAGUAAAGUAAAGAAGUGUUAAAAGUACAUAAAGAAACAGUUUUCAACCAAAUUUGAAAAGCUUCAAAAGUCAGAUAAUUAUAAUUGAGAAAACAUUACAUUAAGGAUUAUUUAAAAACAUUCUAAAAUUCGGACAUUUUCACAAAGAGCUUAUAAAAGUCUCUUUAAUCAAAGAGUUAUUCCAAAAAAAAUUAAAAAUAUCUUCUGAUUUAUUUAUUUAUUUAUUUAUUUAUUUAUUUAUUUAUUUAUUUAUUUAUUUAUUUAUUUAUUAUUUUUUUCAAUAGAACAAGAUUCUUAGCAUAUUUAGCAAAUUCAUGAAUCAUGCUACAAAGAAGGUUUUAAUGACAAAAAAAUAGAUAUUUUUUUAUAAAAAAAGUCAAUUCCUUAUAAAUUUUGGAAUUUUUAUGAAUUUUCUAAAGUACUUGGAAAUUGUUAAUGCAUAACCUCAAAUUAAAAAACAUUUUAUCAAAAGUUGAUUGCUAAGUUAAACAUACAUUUUAGUAUGAUUUUUUUCAAACUUAACCUACAAAGUAUUUUUUGAUGUAAAAUUGAAAAAGUCGUUGAUCAUGGUCGUUCUUUGUAGAAGAUUGCUACACUCUAAAAAAAUAAUCGUGCAAAGUUUCAAAAAACAUGAAAUUUCAAAAUUUGAAACUGUAUUUUCGAGAUUCUGAGUAGGCCAUUAAAUCGGGCGUCCAAUCUUAAAUAAAUGUCCCUUUGAAACCAAAUUUCCAAAUCGUCAUCGUAUUUUAUUUUAUUUUAUUUUUUUUAUCGUAUUUUUUCGAAUGUUUAAAAUGGAAGGGGUUGUACGGCCCCACCGUAACAAGAUAUCGAAAAAUGGAGCUCGAAUCGUGGUCUGGGACAAAAAACACCCUUAAAGACAAAGUUUUUCCGUAAAUCGAAAAGGGAUCGGGGCAACUUUUUCCGAUUUCUUGUGAGUUGGCGAAGAAUUACCUAUUUUUUUUAUUUUGAAAUGUUAAAUUAAAUUAGAAUGCAUAGAUAUUUCUACAAGAGUAAUCAUCAUGCGACUUUACUGUGCUCAACUCAAUUCUGUCGAGUUGAGUUGCACACACAUUAGAGAAAAAAAAAAACAAUACUGUAAUCACAUAUCCAAGACAAUACCCUGCAACAACUUUGGGAUUCCAAACCAUCAAAACAUUACGCAAACGCAUCAUUCUAUAAAUCAAACAUUCUAAUCACGAGAAACAACAAAAACAAAAGUUCACAUUUUAUCGAUAGAAAAAAAAACAACCUUUUUGACUGUGCUUAACGACCGAGGGAUCUCCACUGAUAACCCGACUAGAAAAGAAUAAAAAAAAACUCUCUCCAAAAUCGGUUCAAACUGUGCGAAAAAAUAGUGUACUUAGCGAAACAAAAAAAAAAUAGAAAGAUUUAACAAAAUAUAUAUUUCUAGAUGCCCGAAGCAGGUAAGCAAAAACAAUCGUUAAAGAGUAAAAACAAAUGAAUAAAAUCAAAUAUAGUGGACCUUAGCUAACGAUUAACCGAGGAUCAAGAUUUGUUUUUAUUUUGAGUUUUGUUAAACGUUUCCGAGUUGUUGAGUUCGAGAACAUUUUGUGGAAAUACGAAAAUCGAUCAAGUUUAAUAGUGUCACAGAGAGAGAGGGAAUAUGUUGUUGCGAAAAAA